UCUGCAGGAGCAGGACACGGAGAGCGGCCUGCUCCUCGCAAUGCCGCCCGAGGAACUCCGGGGAAUCUGAAGGAAAAGUGAAGGUGGAGUGAGUGCAUGAAGAGUGGAUGAAUAGUGGAUGAAGAGUGGAUGAGGAGUGGAUGAGGAGUGGAUGAAGCGCGGCCCCUGCGCGCCGUGCGUGCGUCCUGCGGGAGCUCCACCUGUUUCCCCGCCGCCUCCACCAACUGCAGUCUCCACCAGGGCUGCUGGAUGCGGCUCAUAGAUGAGAGCCGCUCCUCAGAGCCGCCCUCCGCCGGACCAGGAGCCCGUCACACACCGGGGACACCAGGGACCAUGUCGGACAACCUGACGGACCUGAACAACCGCACGCUCCCGGCGGUCCAGGUCGCGCACUACAAUUUCCCGGCGCUCAUAUUCGGGAUUUUGCUGAUUGUGACCGUGAUAGGUGGAAACGUACUGGUGUGCCUCAGCGUUUACCUGGAGAAGGCUUUGAAAACUACAACAAACUACUUCAUAGUGAGUCUGGCGUUUUCGGAUCUGCUGCUGGCGGUUCUGGUUCUGCCGCUCUUCGUUUACGCAGAGUUUCAGGGUGGAGUUUGGACCUUGAACAUGCCGAUGUGUGACGGCCUGAUGGCCAUGGAUGUGAUGCUGUGCACCGCAUCCAUAUUCAACCUCUGUGCCAUCAGCGUUGACAGGUUCAUCGCAGUGUCAAUACCCUUAAAUUACAACCGUAAACACGUGGACCAGCGUCAGCUCAUCCUGCUGUCUGCUACGUGGCUGCUAGCCAUAGCGGUGGCCUCGCCCAUCGUCUUUGGCAUCAACAACGUGCCUGGCCGCGACCAGAGCGAGUGUAAGCUGGAGGACAACAACUACGUGGUGUAUUCGUCCGUCUGCUCCUUCUUCAUCCCCUGCCCCAUCAUGGUCCUGCUGUACUUCGGGAUUUUCCGCGGGCUCCGGCAUUGGGAGGAGUCCCGGAAGGCCAAACUACGCAGCAGCAUCGAGGCGUGCCGUAAGCUGCAGCACGCCGCCGUGGCCACCGCCAUCCCCCCGCUGGCGGGCACCAUCCCGGGCCCCCUGCCCAUGCCCCUGCCCCGGAUCAUCGAGAGGGAUCUGGCCCAGUCUCGGAUGGACGACACGGAAGACUACAUACAGGAAAUCCCUUAUCCUCGCCAGUACAGAGAGAACUCCGUUCCCACGGUGACCUUCAGCCAGCAGCAGCAUAUCAAGAAGAGGGCCAAGAUCAACAACAGGGAGAGGAAGGCGAUGAAGGUGCUGCCCGUCGUGGUAGGCUGCUUCCUGUUCUGUUGGACGCCGUUCUUCGUGGUCCACACAAUGCGAGCCUUGUGCAUGAGGUGCAACAUCCCUCCGGCCCUGAUGAGCACCGUCACCUGGCUGGGUUACGUCAACAGCGCCCUCAACCCCAUCAUCUACACCAUCUUCAACACAGAGUUCAAGAAAUUCUUCAAGAAGUGUUUCCGCAGCUGCUGCUGACGCUUGCUUUCCCUCCUGAAGUCAGGGUUGACUGGACUGGCAGCUCACGUCUCAGUUGGACCAGUACAUGCAGAUCCUCAUGAGAGGACAGAGGGUGGACAGCCUCUGGAGAACAGAAUGGUUAUUUUAUUAUUAUUUCUGGUUCCAAUUCUCAUUUGGUGAAGUAUUUUCUGAUUUCUAUGGACUACUGACGGAAACAUGAGACAAACGGACUCUCGGGUCUGAAAUAAAGACUUCGGCUCUUGUUCUGAUGGAGGAUACUGGUUUGUGUCACGCUCUUGUCAGUUCCAGUGAAGGAUGUGCGGAUUUAUGUGGAGCCAUACCUCUUCAAAUGAUGUUGAGAUGCUAAGCUGGCUUCAAAACAACAGACAGACGAGUGUUUCAUGACCAAAAGAAAGGGAAAAAAAACGAAUUCUCUUAAAGUAUAAGCUCAUACAGACAGUCUUUAACAUGGCACGAACAUUUAUUCUGGCAGAUUCGAGGAUAAACGCUGUUUUUGUGUAUUUGUGGUGGAUAUGAAGCUGACUAGUCUAGCUUAGAAGAACAUCACAAGGUCAAGAGUUUGGACUUGGUAGUUCGUACUCGGAAAGAACGACUCCAGAGAGCGUACUUCAGAGGACGGGAGCGCGCUUUUUGGCCUUUCUGCAUUUCAAACAUCCGAAUACUUGAUGCCAUCACAGCUCAGCUAGCAGGCUAACACAUCAUCAGAAACAACUACAACUUAACUGAGCAUAAAAUAAACACCCCGAACAUGAACACGACUCAGAACUGACCCAGGACCAGGACCCCGGCCAACGUUUCAUAAACAUGAACCUUUCUGUGAUGUGUUUUUGAUGUGUUUUGAUGGGUUUUAUGCAUUUUUACUCUAGUUGCGUUACAAAUGAAUUUAGGUGGAAGUGAAAAGAAACAGAAACUGAAAACGGUCGAGGAAAUUUUAGGCUAUAAUAGGCUAUAUCUUUAAAUUAACCACAAAUAUCAAGCUACAAGACAUAUUUUCUCUCAUUAAAACAUCAUAAAACUACUUUCAUAACACCACAGCAAAGUUAAAACGUUGUUUUUACUCAUUUUUCUUGCACUAUUACUUCUGCUUGUUGAUGUGACAUGCAUUCUGGGAUACUUGGUAGGCCCUCCAGAAAAACGCGAUGAAUAUGCGAAUUAUGCGGGGCUAGCUUGAUUUCACCGCAUCAUCGCCGCACAUUUUCGCAUAAAGUUUGGAAAAAGGGGGAAGUGUUGUGAGUGACAUGUCGGGACGCCCGGUCGCGACAUGCGGGACCCGCCCGGGGACCUCCGCACCCCUCGCAGAAACCGCCACCCCCCAAACAGCAGCUCUCACCCGCGGGGUUGAGAGGAAAAAGAGAGUGCCGUCUCCGUCCGCUUGCGCGGGGGGCUCGGCUGCCGGUGGACUCAGGUCUCCGCGCUGACCGUGUACCACUGCGCCGGCGCGCCCGGUACACGGUAUACGCGGCGGACGCGUGGGGUGAUGGAGCUCUGGCUCGUCCCCUCGCCGUGCCGGUGCGCCCGGCAAUCACCCGAGCACUGAGCCGCGGGCUGGAGGGAGAGAGACUGCCGGCCCCCGGGCUGCGACCGCCCCUCUCCUCUCCUCUCCACCUGCGCUCUCCUUUUUUUUUCCGCCUUUUUUUCCGACCUCAGAUCAGACGAGACAGCCCGCUGAAUUUAAGAGGGAAGAGCUCAGCGCCGAAUCCGCAACUUCCUGCAUAUUUCGCAUAUUUUGCAACUUUCCGCAUAUUCCACGACUUCCCGCAUAUUCCGCAAUUUCACCGCAUAAAAGCACAUAAAAACCCCGCACAUUUAAUCGCAUAAUCAAUGAUUUUAGCCCGCAAAAUCAAGGAUUUUAGCCCGCAGAAUCAAGGAUUUUUGCCCGCGUUUUUCUGGAGGGUCUAACUUGGGCGUCUGACGUCUGCUCAAGUCUGGACUGGAGGAAUGAUAAAAUUCUUAUUGAUAAAAUGGGCGAAGCGAGAACAUAUCUUCAUCCGGACUGCUCGUGUCCGGGUGCAGAUUUUGGUCAGAGACAGACCUUCAUCGGUGACUGUUGACGUUUUACAAGAACAGACAAGUUGACAAACAGCUUGAAAACGGAGGGAAACAACAGACCUGUCAGUAAAGCACGCCCCCCUUAGUUACUGUUGCUAACCCCGACAAGCCAUCAAUGGAGGGGGCCGGACUUACUGAUAGGUCUAUGAAGGCUGUGUCUCAUCUUGAUCUGGUUCUAGGAAUUUCAGCACAGAAGGUCACCUGAAGAUGCAUUCAGGCGCCUUUAUUUAUCAUCUUGCAAUCAGACUGAACAAGAUUGAAAAUAAGAGAAAAACAAGCUGUUUCAAUACUAAAAAAUAUUCUAAAGUCUACUUAAAUAAUCCACUCAUGUCCACAUUCACAAAAAAGCUUACAGACGGUCCCGCACGCGGUGAAUCUGGCAGAUUAGAGGAUAGCGCGGUGGAUAUGAAGCUACACUGAGCAGCAGGUUAGCUUAGCUUAGCAUAACAAACAUUGUAAAUGGAGGGAAACAUGUAGCCUAGCCACGCCUCAUCGUCCCACUCUGGUUCUAGUUAUUUUAACACAGGAAGACACCUGUAACUGAACAAAUAUGCCUUUAUGUAUGUUUCUGAAUUAGCAUUUGUCGUGUCAUAUCGCUUCUCUAUAAAACUCAUUUAAGGGCUUUUUACUGACAAAGUAAAAAAGGUUCAGUCGAAGUUCAAUGAAAUUAGGUUCAGUUAUAUUCCAAUUACAUUCAAAUAAAGUGUAACCAGAAGAUUAAUCCAACCUUCACUUUGAUUCAGUCUUCAUCUCAAGCAGCACUGAAGCAGUCGGCGACUGUGGGAAUCAAAUCCAAAGUCAAAAUCGUUGUGUGUUCUAACCACAAAUCUUUUUGAAUUUGAUCAUUGUUCACAUAAAACCAAUCUAACCACAUUAUAUGACUCGUUCUUUAUCCAGCACGCUUUUUUAAGUGUUCACCUAAAUACGGAGUCAGAAUUAGAUGGAGAUUUAGGGUACACAAAUGAUGUGUAACAGGCUACGAUAGAAGUUGGUGAAACAAUCUUUAUUUUUUUUAAGCCCUUGGAAAAGUCAAUAAUAACUGGUGAAAAAGAUCCAUCAAAUCUGUGUGUCCAGUCUCCUUACUACUAGUUGGUUCCGAAUAGCUGAGGCUGGUCUUUCUCCUGGACCUCCACAAGCUCCAGAGGUCUUCCGAGGCUCCACUUCAGCGGAGAUAAACAAACCUUGGCAGCAGGAGAAGAGGAGAAUAUAAAAAGUGUCUUGGAAAGCGUUUUUUUUUUAAAAAUGUGCAGUUAUAGUUUUGAUUGACUGCAAGCUUGAAGACACCUGUGAUGCUGAUUACAGGACUGAUUUUAGUUUAGCACAUCAUGGGGGUUGUGUUAAACAUCUGGCCUCUCCAGUAAAACCCUCUCCUAUGCUGGGUUACAUUCAUAUUUUUACACAUCUGCCACAUGCAUAAAUAUUAAAAAUGGGCCCCAAAUCUAGUUCCUGCUCUUAACUUUAUGAUUUAGUAUUUUAUCGUCUUAUCUAGAGACAUAACGAUGACCUCAGUCCAAAAGAGAUUUAAUUUUUUUUAAUUUAGAUUAGGAGCUGUUUUCCUCCGACGUUGUGAAACAAUAAUGUUCUAUGAGCUGCAUGUGGAUCAGCAGUGAGACUAAUCAGCACAGGUGAAGCACCUCCAUCUAAAGGAUCUUCUAAAUGUGCAUUGAUAACACAGCUGUCCAUUAUCCAGAGCUGCCGUGUGCCUUAACUUAAAAAGAUGAAGACUGACUGUAGUGACUGAAUUUAAAACAUUGAGUGCUUAGAAAAAGUAAUCUGAAUUUGUCAAGAUUACGUUUUUCUUCCUUCUUGUAUGUUCAAUAAGCUUUCCUGCAUGCCAUGUUUGUAACUUACAUAUUAAAGGUAUCAUGUUAUGCCCUUUUUUUAAAAGUUAACAUGAAAUAUAUCUGACAUGUUUUGUUUUCAAAUACUUCAGUACAGCAGCUCCUGUGAACAUGUCUUUGCAGAUCUUCAUAGCAGCUGGUUUUAGGGGGCGGAGUCAACCACUCUUCUGCAGGAAACACCCCUGUGGAGUUCCGUCACACAGCUUUGUGCUGCCCAGUUUGAAAAAAGCAAAUACAACAAGAUGGGACGUUGGGAUGAGUUGAAAUUGAGGAGGCUAGGUCAGGUCUGUGAUGUCACAGCUCCCUGUAACUCUGCUCACUGAGUUUGUGCUUUUACAAAAUUUGGAGUUAGUAGACACUUUAAACACCC